GAAACCCUGAGUAAAUGAAAAAUUAAAUUACAUUACCAUCAGAGACAGCCAAAACACCAGCCAUUCACUUUCUGUAAAGAAAGAGAGCCAAUCAUUCAUCUAAAACUUAUCUUAUGCACACACAUCGUUCCUUUCUACCAUUUCAGUCAGUCACUGUUACUUGGACUGCUUCUUACAACUCAGAAUAAACACAGUUGAAUCUUCUUUUUUCUGCAAAGGAAAGCAAACCUUUUUUUUAUUUUUUUUUAUAUAGAUAUAUGUAAUUAUUAUCAAGUAAGGAGAAAAGCCGUUGGUUGAAUGCAGAAUAAUAAUAGCCUUAGUGUCUCAAAGUUUGCAUUUGGACCAUUGGUUUCUUCAGCUCUGGCAAAGGAAUUGGAAACUUUGGAAUUGCAUUUAUUGUCUUCCUUCACCAACAUGAAAUCUGCAGAAGAAGAAGCCUUCAACUAUGCAACACCUAAUGUUAGCAUCUCCCUGCCCCUCAACAUGGGAAACCCCUGCUUGUCAACAUACCACAGCAUCCAUUCCAGCCAAGUUAUGUCUUCCAACCAUCAAGCCGGGUAUAUGGACAAUGGUGCCUCGGGCUACUAUCUGUCUCCUAACUUCAAGCCAAAUGGAGCCCCUACCUUGGAAAGCCCCAGGAUUGAAAUCACUCCUUACAUCGGGAUGCACCAUGGCAACAGCCAGUACCCCCAAGAAGAACGGAUUGAAGAAAGCAUCCCCAGUGCUAAGAGACCAAACUCAAUUGUCACCCUGACCUUGCCCACUGCAGACAACUACAGAGAUCCCAGCUGCCUUAGCCCAGCCAGCAGUUUGUCUCCCAGAAGCUGCAAUUCAGAAGCCUCUUCCUAUGAGUCAGGCUACUCAUACAAUUAUGAUAACUCCCCACAGAACUCUCCCUGGCAGUCACCUUGCGUUUCCCCCAAGGGAACUGCUCCAGAGGAAGUCUACCACCGCAGGCUGGCAGCCUGCACACUGCUCACCUCUCCAAAGCACUCCCCCUCCACAUCCCCCAGGACCAGCGUCACAGACGAGAACUGGCUUGGCACACGCAACUCCCGGCCGACCUCUCCAUGUGGAGGGAAGAGGAAGUACAGCUUUAACGGCGUCCCCUACAGACACCCCUCCUACUCCCCACACCAUUCCCCGACCCCAUCACCCCAAACCUCACCUCAGCUCAGUGUGACCGACGAGACCUGGCUGAACAACACCAACCAGUACACCAACUCCGCCAUUGUGGCGGCCAUUAAUGCUCUGACCACCGACAACAUGGACAUGAACGACGGCAUCCCUGUUAAGUCCAGGAAGACCAAUGUCGACCACAUGAGCCUUAAAGUGGAACCAGACGAAGAGGAGCAUAGCACAGUAGCCCUGUCCUCUGAAGACUUUUCCAACCGACAGAUGCCCUUCAAAAAAGAAAACUUCUGUGGGGAAUUUUUAUCAGUGCCACAGAACCCCUACUCCUGGUCCAAACCAAAGUCCUACAUAAGUCCUUCUUUGCCUGCACUUGACUGGCAGCUACCGUCUUGCUCGGGACCUUAUGAACUUCAGGUUGAUGUGCAGCCCAAAUCCCAUCACCGCGCUCAUUAUGAGACAGAAGGAAGCCGAGGAGCGGUGAAGGCAUCUGCUGGCGGACAUCCUAUUGUGCAGCUCCAUGGUUACAUGGAAAGCGAGCCGCUCAUCCUCCAGCUGUUCAUUGGGACAGCAGACGACCGCCUGCUGCGACCACAUGCCUUCUAUCAGGUCCACCGCAUCACUGGCAAGACUGUCUCCACAGCCAGCCAUGAGGUCAUGCUCUCCAACACCAAGGUGCUGGAGAUCCCACUGCUACCUGAAAACAACAUGAGAGCCAUAAUUGACUGCGCUGGUAUCCUGAAACUACGGAAUUCCGACAUUGAGCUGCGUAAAGGCGAGACAGACAUUGGCCGAAAGAACACCAGAGUGCGGAUGGUCUUUCGCGUGCACAUUACUCAACCCAACGGCCGGGCCAUCUCUCUGCAGGCAUCCUCCAACCCCAUUGAGUGUUCUCAGAGAUCUGCCCAGGAACUGCCGCUGGUGGAGAAUCAGAGUAUGGACAGCUUUCCCGUGACAGGAGGAAAGAAGAUGGUGUUAAGUGGACACAACUUCCUUCCUGAGUCGAAGGUCGUCUUUGUGGAAAAGGCUCCAGAUGGCCACCACAUAUGGGAGAUGGACGCAAAAGUUGACAAGGACUCAAUCAAAUCUACUUCAUUAGUGGUUGAAGUCCCCCUGUACCGAAAUCAGAUGAUAACCAGUCCCGUCCAGGUGAAUUUUUAUGUCUGCAAUGGAAAGAGGAAGAGAAGCCAGUGCCAGCGCUUCACCUACCUGCCAGCUAAUGUUCCAAUAGUAAAAACAGAACCUACUGACGACUAUGAGGCCAUAGCUCCCGGACUAAGUACAUUAUCCAAAUCUUACUACAACCAGCAAGUCCUGACCUCCAUGAUGCCUCCGGAUCCUGGCUCCUGUCUGGUGGACAGCUUCCCUUCCUACCAGCAGAGAAACAUUGUGAUGCCAUCCUCUUCGUCCACCUCUAACUCAAGUCCUAAGCUGCAUGACCUCUCCCCUUCCACUUACACCAAAUACACCGGUCACAGUCCGCUAGCCAGUCUCCAGCAGCCCACAGUAGGCGUCCCCACAAUCCAGGAAGUGCCCAACAGGUCUGUGGUUGUGCACCCCAACUCCCCUGACCAAUCAUCUCUCAUCAUGCUGCAGUCCCAGGUGAGUCAGCAUCUGAGCAGUAACUGUUCCCAUGGUUACCAACAAACACUCUAUCCCAACAGUCCCACUUCUUCUCCGGUUCCCUCUGCUGCCCAGGAGACACUUUAUGGGCAGACCUACAGCCCACCUCACCCCUCCCUGCCGAUGGGGCAGCUGAAGAAAACUCAGCAAAAUGGGUCUCCCACAAACCAGCCAGGGUCACUGCUGCUCUUGCAGGAAGAGAAUAGUCAGACCUCAUUGCCUGUCGUUGUCAAGCAGGAGCCUCAAGAGCUGGACCAGAUGUACUUAGACGAUGUAAAUGAAAUUAUAAGGAAUGAUCUCUCCAGCACUUCCCUCCAUGGCCAUGCAUAGCCACAUAUAAACUACAGGAUUGAAAAUUAAAAAAAAUAAUAAUAAUAAUAAAAACAAAAACAUUUUAAAGCACACUGUCAUUGGAAUGGUUCCUGAAUGCCCCUCUGAGAAUAUACUCCUAAUUUUAACUCUAAGUGAAGUUAUCUGGUGAAGAAGAUGUUAAAGAGUGGAACACUGAUCUUCCAUUGUUGUUCAAUGUUAGACGAAGACAAAGCAGCGAAGCACCCUUCUGCCUUAAUAAAGCAGUAUCUCCCUGGGACCACUUUUUGAAUUGUUUUAUUAAAAACUGAUUUUUUUUUUUUUUAAAGGUCUGAUCUUCCAUCCAAAGUAGUUGCUCCUGAGUGGCACUGUUCUAUCUUGGUAGUAGUUGGCACUGUCUGGUCAUCAAUAAAGAAUAGCCGUGGAUGUGCCUUAUAUAUUUAUGUAAUGAAAACAGGAUGCAAUACAACAUAGAAAAAACAAUUAUAUUUUCUUCAUAAGAAGUGAUGUUUACAAUGCAAAACCAAUGUUAAAAAAAAAAAUGUUAGUGUUAUGCCUUUAUUCUGCUUUCCUUUUUUGUCAACAUACAAAACCAUAAGGUUUCUUAAUGUAUCUUAUGCUGUAUCUCAUACUGAAAAGAGUAAGGUUUGUUAUUUUUCUUUAAAGUGGCCUGUUUACUUUUUUUUAAUGAUUAGAUGUAGCACACUGAUGUACAGGACACAAUGAUUAUUUCCAUCAUAGUGCACUAACUGAGCUCUCAGUGAAGAACUACAUAUCAUCUAAACUAGUAUGUUGUUAAAUUACAUUAGUGAGAUAUUGCAGAAAUCCAUGAUGAUUUCCCAAGUUUGCUAUUUUAAAUUAUAUCGAUUUCUGCUAAUCAACAAGUAUUGACUUGUCGUAUACAGUGAUCAAAUGUGAGGGUACUUGCCUGCCGGGUGACAAAUAGAGAUAUACAAAUAUUGAUAAUUGAAUAAAGGGCAGGGCUUCAAACACAAAAACAGAUUGCAUAUAUGUGUGCAUGUAAAUACAACAUUUUAUAUUAUGCAAUUAAUAUAUAACCGACAAUCAUGACCUUUUUUGCCUUUUUGGAGAAAAAAAGACUGAAGCUAGCAAUAACAUAUCUGUGGAUACCAAAGCGUUUUAGCUAGUGAAGUUACAGCUUUUUACUUUAAUCUUUUUGGCUGUUUUAGAAGAUACAGUAGCUAGCUUGUUUAUGCCUUAUGAAAGUAUGCACUUUAGAUAGUGAAAAACAAACUACAUCAGUUUGUGCAUUUUUAAUGACCAAAUGUCAGUGGAUUGAGGGAACUGAUAAAUCGAAAAAGAUUGACCGCUAACUGUAACCUCCUAUAAGAUUUUUAAAACCAAUUAUUUUAAUGGAAUCUAAAAAAAAAAAAAAACUGUUCUACUUUCUAGAUGUAUAGCUUCCUAGAGCAUGUUAUGCUUAUGAAUAGUCAUACUAGUUCUGAGUAUAGUCUAUAGCAUGGUUUGAUAUAUGAAAUUAGUACAAUAUUGUGCCUUAGUCAGUCAUGGUCUUUUCUAGACGUGACUGUACUUUAUGCAUUCAUGUUUUGUCAGGGCUUACAAUACAGAGGCACACAUUGAAAUGUAUUGCUUCUGAAAUAUUACAUAUUUAUUGGGAUUUUAAAAUUAUGUUUGAUGUAUUCAUGGUGUCGUACUUUAAAAAAAUAAACAAAUCAAAUAAAAGCCAUAUCGGUAAUAUUUGCACAGUACUGUGAAGACUAGAAUAUAGUAUGGCUUUAAAGAUAUUUGUACAGUUUUCCAAAGCAACUUGAUCCAACAGUCCAUGCUAAUCAUAGUUGUGGUUUAUUAGCUGUUUUGUCCAUAUAUAAAGAAUAGAUUUAGCAUGCCAUUUUUCUUUUAAACACUCUGUGCUUAUUGUUAAACUCUCCAGCUUCCAGUCAGAAGACAAGAUACAUCAUUAAAUGUGUGGCAUUCAGCAUUUCAAACCAGGCAUACAAAUCUGCUGUAACACCAUUUUCUAUGGAAAGCAGCCUUUUUGAUAUAAAUAAAUAUAUAGAUAAAUAAAUAAAAGAAAUUAGCUGAGAAUCAAAUUUCUUGUAUCGCAUCAUUAGAUCUUCUGCAAAUUUCCACUUGCAACUAGUGUUCCGUUUCUCACGACACCACAUACUUCAAUGUUGUUUGUUCUGAUUUGUAUACUGUAUGCUUGACCAGUGACAUGUGCUUAUCUUGCUUUGGUGUAUAACGAGUGCCUUCAUUUUGAAUCUAAGACCUUAUCUGCAUGUGGGGGUGGGAAUGUGGCAACAGGAAUAAAGUGAAAUGCCUUGAGCUGAUUUGUUAGGAAAAAGACAGAAGCUGUUGUUUAAGAUUCCAAAAGAAAACGUGGGUCUCUUUAUACAUGUGUUUUUGCUGUAAUGAGUACGUUGCCAUCAUCAGAUUGGACCUGGGUAGUACUUGUUAUGUUGCAUGUGGAUGGCUGUUAUGUUGAAACUUUCCUCCUGCUUUGCAUUCAAUCUAUUCCAGAAAAAAGGGAAAAAAGUAGAAGCGCGCUUUCUGCAUUUAAAAAUGA